CAGUCACGUUAAAUUGUUACCGUGGCAACCAGUAAUCAACAAGCUGUUUUUGCCGUAGCUAGCCGUGUCAGUAGCAGUAAACUCUAAUUCAGAUAAAACAGUUACAUAUUUUCUGUCAGCAGAAAUGUCUCGGGCUCACGCAGAAAGCGUGAUCAAAAAAAUUAUCCGUGAAAUAGUACAGGAGUGUGCUGUGAGGGGACAUGCUGUGUCGGACACUUUGGUGGCUUUCAUGGUGAAAGCUGUGGUUCUGGACCCAAGAAAUGGCUUUAAUGUUGAUCGGACACUCACCAAACAAGAUGUCCAGAAACUUGAGGAGCUGUGUCUGGAUAAACUUAUGGAAAAGUGCAGCCCAUCCCUUGACACUAUCAAAAUGCAAGUGUAUUUUGAUAUGAAUUAUACCUUUCGACGUGAGUUUCUUGAGGAAAUCCACCAGGUGGUAGAGUCCAGGCUCAACCAAGUGAGCAGAGAGAUCACUGACAGCAGGGUGAAAACACGGGAAGAACUAGAUGCUCUGUACCAUAAAAUAAUCUCUUACAUCCUGCUGCGCUCUGGCAUGGGCUCACCUACAGAUGUCAACACUGUGCAAGAGGCUACAGCUGCCCUGCAGAGUGUCUUCCCUCAGACUGAACUGGGAGCCUUCAUGGUGCUCUUAAAGAGGGACAAGGAGCAGCAGCUCAAUGAGCUCACCAUGAUUGUCACAGGGAUCCAACUCUUCAACAAAGUCAGCAAGAAGGGAGCAGAGGAGACUGACCUCCAUGACCUAAUGCCUGCACUUCUUAAUGAAGCUCUUCCAGUAAUUAGUAAAAACAUAGAGAAGGAGCUGAGUGUAUCACAGAGUUUGGCGUGGAAAUACACAGCUGUGCUGGAGAAGCUAACAGACUCUGAAAGUCAGCCUGAAGAAUGUGACAUGCCUACCGUCUUGCUCAAACAAUCCCUCUACAACAUCAGACAGCAUGAAGCUUUCCUCAAAAUGUUACUGGCUGAUGCACAUUUAUGUGCCAAGCAUGUUGAAUUCCUGCAGACGGAGCUCUCAUCACAGAUGAAGCUACUGAAAGAGACUGUGCAGUCAAAGACAGCUGUACCCACUGCAAAAGUUUUUCCACUCUUCAAGGCCUUAUCAAAGUUGUGGUUUGGACUUCAGGAUGAGGCUGAGCUGCUGAACAUCCUUAGUAACAUCAUGCUCAAUCUGCAGCCCUUCCUUGCCUCUCAGGCCAAGAUUUUUUCUGAAGCUUAUUUGGACAGCCUGCUGGGGGCAUCAGAGGUGAAGACCGAUGAACAGAGAAUGACUGAGUCUUCAGAUGAGCGUAUUGUUCCAGGUGAGAUGAAGACACAGGAAUGGCUCCUGCCUGAAAGAACAGCCAGUUUUAAUGAUCUGUUUCUGCAGUAUAAUGGAUUCUGUGGCUACACACUUGUGAACAGAGAUGGGCUUCUACUUCCAGGUAAUCCACACAUUGGAGUCUUGAAAUACAAAGAGAAGCUUUAUGUUUUCAACUCCAAAAAAGCUGCCUUGAAAUUUGCCUCCAGUCCAGAUGACUUUAUUGCAGAGGUUGCAGAAAAGGCCAAGCUCUCCCCUGAACUUAUCCAGUUCCUCAGACUCCACCAACAGUUCUCCUGCGUCAGUCCAUACUCUGAGAUGCAGCCAGGAGAGAGUUUAUUGGUUAAGCCCAAUACUAAGUGUGACAGCACCACACAGACUGACAUCCACCCAAUGGAGACAAACAUUGUCAGGUCAUAUGAGUGGAAUGAGUGGGAGCUGCGACGAAAAGCUAUCAAACUGGCUGGUCUUCUGACCAAAGUGACACAUUCAGUACAGACUGAUCUGAGUCACAUGAGACGGGAAAAUACCACUCAGACCUGGCCACCCAAGGACGCUGCCUGUCAAAGCAAGAGAAAUGGUGAGAGCAACGUGCCCAAACCUCAGAUCUACCUGGCAGGUCUGAGGGAACAAAAAGAAGGAAGCAUGGUCAAAACAGACCUGACAAGAUCUGUGGAUGAAUAAUCAAGAUGAGAGAUGAAAAGAC